UAGUUAGAAUUCUUUACUUCUGUUGUCUCGCGACUUGCCCUGCUACACCAGCGCAUAAUUUGGCGUUGGGAGAGAGCUGAGAUUAACGUUGCUUUCGUUUCUGACCCGGUUUUAGCUGUGCUACGGGAAACUAGUGCACUGGGCACAUGGCUUGCGAAUUUACUGAAAAAUCACUAGAGCCAGAGAGGUUGGGCAGUCGAUGCAAAUCCGCGUGACAAACUUGAUAAGCACAUCGCACUGCAUCUCAACAAGCCGCACUUUAUCUCCAACCGUGGAAAAUCUGCCAUCUACCUGCGCGCGUUUUUUCUUAUUUCAAAAUCCAAACAAGACCACUCAUCGCACUUAAAGCACCAGUUUCAGACAGAUGGUACGCGUGUGAGGCAGCCAGGCCAGGCCAAAGCCGAUUGGUUGGUUGGUUGGUUGGUUGGUUGGCUGGUUGAAGAUGAAUCGCUGCAACAGCUCCCUGUACUGCCCCAUCAUCCAGGAGAUGAUGAACAACAGGGGCGGGACGGCGUCCAACUCCUCGGAGUGGGCGCUGAACAUGGGCGUGGUGGGCCUCCACGGGGUGAUCUCGGCCUUCGGCAUCCUGGAGAACCUGCUCAUCCUGUGGGUGGUGGGCUUCCGCGUGCGCCGCUCGGUCAACAGCACCUGGAUCCUCAACCUGGCCGCGUCCGACCUGCUGGCCACCGCCUCCCUGCCCUUCUUCACCUUCUUCCUGGCCCGGGGCUUCACCUGGACGCUGGGCACCGCCUUCUGCAAGGUGCACUCCUCCGUCUUCUUCCUCAACAUGUUCGUCAGCGGCUUCCUGCUGGGCGCCAUCAGCCUGGACCGCUGCCUGGUGUCGCUGCGGCCCGUCUGGUGCCAGAACCACCGGCACGUGGGCCUGGCCACGCGCGUGUGCUGGGCCGUCUGGGGCCUGGCGCUGCUCAACACCGUGCCCUACUACCUGUUCCGCGACACCAUCCCGCGCUGCGACGGGCGGAUCAUGUGCUACUACAACUUCCGGCAGCACGCCCCGGAGGGCGCCCCGGCCGAGACGCUCUGCCGGAGCAGGCAGGACGCCCUGGCGGUCAGCAAGUUCCUCCUGGCCUUCCUGCUCCCCCUGCUGGCCAUCGUGGGGAGCUACGUGGCGGUCAGCGUCAGCAUCCGGCGACGGGGCCACCGCCACACCUUCCGCUUCCUCCGGCUGGUGGUGGCGGUGAUCGUCACCUUCGUCCUGUGCUGGGCGCCCUACCACACCUUCAGCGUGCUGGAGGCAGGGGCCGACUACAACCCCGCCCUGAGGCAGCCCGUGGCGCGGGCGCUGCCCGCCGCCGCCAGCCUGGCCUUCCUCAACAGCGUGCUCAACCCGCUGGUCUACGUCUUCAGCUGCCCCGACUUCCUGGCCAAGAUCCGGCAGUCGCUGGGGGCGGUGCUGGAGAACGUCCUGGCGGAGGACCUCGGGGACCUGGCCCGCCGCCGCAGCACCGCCCCCUCCUCCGUCAGCGCCAGCGAGCUGCUGCCGAAGGGGCCCCACCCUCGCCCCGCGCCCAACGACAACGGCGCGAGGCGGGACAAGGAGGAGGCGGAGCACCCCGUCUUUUGAGGGGAACCCCCACCCCGCUGCUACCGCCAGGGCCACCGCUGGCGGGGUGAAAGGUGGUGACGAUUCUAGGGGGCCCACAAGUUGAGGGGGGCCCCAGUGCUAGAGAGGGCCCACAAAAAUACCAGUAGGAUGGGACCUGGAGCAAUGUUCUUUCAGGGGGCCCAGAAUUCCUGGCUUCGCCCCUGGCAGCCAAUGCACUUCUGGAUAAGAACUUUCAAUAGAUUUUUAUCUUGUUUACAAUUCACUGCACCCAAGGACGUAGAUCUCAUUUCAGUUUUGGGGUUGGGAGGGGUGGCGUGGGGGGAGUGUCCACAAACAGGAAAUGUUCUUCUCAGAUUUUUUUCAGGGCUGGGGCGGGGGGGGGGACACUAACAGUACCACCCAAUACAACAUGAUAACAUUGGGGGUGGGGGCCUUUGAUGUUUUCCAAAGUUGUGUUAGUCGUGUGUCCCCCCCCUCCCCAGGAGGUGCGUCCAAAAUGGAGAUGUAGAGAGAAAAAAAAUAUAUCUUUAACAGACACAAAAAGAAUUUUGUUUUUCUCAAACCUGCUUGGCAGGCUGCUUGCUGCACACAAUUUUUUCACCCAGAUGCUGAAGUUGCUUUUUGUUACAACUUUUUGCCACCAGGAGGUGCUAUUUCAUUAAUGUGGACCUCCAUCUUUAUUUCCGGACAUUGACUUUUCAUCAUCCUUUUGGGGAAGAGAUAAAUAGCACCAGACUGAAGACACGCCUAUUUCACAGAACAGCCCAGCUGUCAGGACUGUCACUCAGUCCUAUACCUUUGCUGAUGUACAGAUAAUAAGUAAGAUUUUAUCAUUAUUAUUUUAUCAUUAUUAAAACCAUCCAGGCACAGUUUUGAAACUGCUCCCACCAUGAUUUUUUAAAACAUUUUUGUUGUUUGAAAGACAAUUUCACAGACACUGUAAACUGGUUGUUAUUAACUGAUUAUUUGCCCUCUGCUUUUUUAAAACUGCCGUGAUGGAUCUCUAUCAAAAGCGUUGUGGGUACCACGGUUCUUAGUCAUUUUAGAUCCAUAUCUAAACUCUUCUGUUGUCGUUAGUUCUGCUUUCAACGUAAAAGUCUAAUCAGUCAUCUUAAAAACUCCCCCCUCGGGGAGUACAAAAAUGUUUUCAGCCAUGACUAAAAAGUUUUUGUUUUUUUUCUAACCUAUCAUUUUUUUUGUGGCCUUAGGAGAAUAUACUGAACAUCAGAAAUGUUUGAGUUCCAAAAGGUCAUAUUUUGGGCCCACUUGUCUCCUCUUUGUACAUGCUUCCCCUUCAUCAGAAAGCAUGGUAUUAAAUGUCAUUUUCUGCCA